AAAUAAAUAAUGAUGAUGACGUUAUUGUUUUCCAGAUGCACACUCCGCUUCCCGUCGACGAACAUCCGCCUGGAGUUCCAGUCGCUGGUGGAGGAGAGCGGCAGCGGCGCGGGCGGCAGCUCCGGCCCGCCCAUGCCGCCGCUGCGCAUCUCCAUCCCCUCUGACAACGACGUGCGCAGUCCGAUGCCUUCCCCCACGGGCACAAUAAGCGCAGCGAACAGUUGUCCGACGUCUCCGCGCGGCGCGGGCGGGUCGGGGCGGCGCCACGCCGACCUGGGCCUGGUGGCGCACUGCGCCGCGCUCGCCGACCACCACCGGCCCAGCUCCAACGGCACCGCGCAGGCCUCCUCAUCGAACUCGGAAUCCGGGUACAGCACCGCGCGCGACGUGCGUGAUGUGCGCGAUGUGCGCGACGUGCGCGACGUGCGGGACGUGCGAGAUGUGCGAGACGUGCGUGACUCCCGCGAGGCGCGCGACGUGCGCGACCGCUCGCGCGAGCGGGAGGGGCGCGAGGGGCGCGAGGGACGCGAGGGGCGCGAGGGCCGCGACGACGCCAAGCCGCCCUACAGCUACGCGCAGCUGAUCGUGCAGGCCGUCGCCUCGGCGCACGACAAGCAGCUCACGCUCAGCGGCAUCUACUCCUACAUCACCAAGCACUACCCGUACUACCGCACCGCCGACAAGGGCUGGCAGAACUCCAUUCGGCACAACCUCUCGCUCAACAGAUACUUCAUCAAGGUGCCGCGCAGCCAGGAGGAGCCCGGCAAGGGCAGCUUCUGGCGCAUCGACCCGCAGAGCGAGGGCAAGCUCAUCGAGCUCGCGUUCCGCCCGCGGCGGCCGCGCGGCGUGCAAUUCCGCGCGCCCUUCGGCCUCUCCUCCAGGAGUGCGCCGACAUCUCCAUCGCAGGUGGGCGUAUCCGGACUGGUGACCCCCGAGGAACUGUCGCGGGAGCCUACACCUGACCUGUUCACAGGCGAAGAACAGGAUCAACAGCAGGCGGGCCAGUCACGGCUGGGCACGGGCGGCACGCAGUACCUGUUCCCGCGCAGCGGCGUCAGCCAGAGCGCGCCGGGCUCGCCAGGUCACGGCUUGACGUAUAACGCGAGCAGCGGCGCGCUGGUGAUGGCGGGACACCAGAUCACGGUGGUCACCAACGGAGCCGGCGGCGAGAGAGAAGAGAAGUACGUGGUGGGCACGACGUCGGGCGGCAACCUGGUGUCCAUACAGGAGGAGGAGGUGCCCGCGCACGUCGUCAUCCACCAACACUCGCCGUAUUACUCCGGCGGCUACGGCGGCGGCGAGGAGGGCGUCAGCGGCGAGCUCGUCAUCGAGGAGGCGCCCGCCGACCCCCCGCACAAGCGGCGCCGCCUGCACGACGUGGCGGAGCUGGAGGAGCGGCGCGCGUAUUGACGCGGCGCGGUGUGAGAGCGCGCGCGCGCCCGGCGCCGCCGCCCGAGCCGCGCGCGCGUCACGCACCGCCGCGCCAGCCCGGCGCGCGUCUCGCACCGCCGCGCCCGGCCGGCGCACGCGCGCGCGCCACACGCUCCGCCGCCACCCCGACCUCUACUGUCACACUAUGAUGCUGCACCUCGGCACAGGACUUCACGAUGCACACACACCGUACCGGGAGUACCACCCGGAACUGUUCCGAAUCGACUUCGGAUUCCGUAUUCUGAUGUAUCGAUAAAAGUGCGCAUACAACGCGACGCGUCCGCGAGUGUAUACGUUUAAAACGUAAUGACGCGAACAGUGUCGCGUACUGAGUUUGUUAUUGAGCUUUGAAUGUGCGCGUUUUGGACGAUAUUUUCCGUAUGAUGUGCGCGAUUCGUACGAAGUUUCGGUCGCGAAUGGGAAUAGCAAUAAUGGACGGCACUAGCCGGGAGGGGGAGGGAAACAAGGGGGGGGGGUGUUAAAUUCGUAACGCAUGUGAUAGUUAUUAAGUUGUCACCUGGCUUUGCUUGGGACUCUCGCGGAUACACUCGAGUACAUUAGACGUUUAUAACGUUUUGUAUUCAAACUUCAAGCGUGUGGGAUUCAGUUAAAAAUCUAGUAAUGGAGCGAUUAUCAAAAGGUAACAUAUUCAUUAUCCAUAGAAAAUGAUAUAAAUCAGUAUACCACAAAGCACAUUAACGAAUGUAUCAACCGACGCGACGUGACGGUAAGGAAUCAUCACUAUGUGUUAUGACACCUCUGGGGACAAGGGAGGUCGGAACUCUGCUCUGAGAGCGUCAUGAUAGCAUCUAGUACUCACGUCGCGUGAAACGCAACAGCUAAGCUGUCAAUUCAUAUCGGUUUGUGAGACGAUGGUUCAUUCCCGCCGGAGGUUCAUAAUAUAAUCAAAAUGGGAAAUUGUAAUAGGCGAACACAAGGAUCUAAAAAAAAAACGCAACACCACAUGUUUUGCGUCAGAGGUUAAAAAAUAAUUAAUGAUUAUGAAAUAUUGAAGUAUUUUCAAACUCCGCUCAUGUUAUCUUUUGAUAAUCAAUUCAAAUAUCAAUUAUUGAAUCUCUCGCAAAACUUUACAUUAUAGUUUGUCGUAAUAUUAUGAAUAUUUUUGGUCAGUGUUUUAUUAUCGGAUGUACCUAUCUCGGGCAAGUUGUUGCACAUCAGAUGGCAGCGGGACACGAGCCAGUUCCUGACGUUUGUGUUGACUCAUAGAGUGCGACCUCCAUAACACGAAACGGUAAACAAUUCAUCAUAGUCAUGCCGCCAUUUCGUUGCUUUCCCGCUGCAAUAGUUUUGAGUGAAACACUGAUUGGAAAAGUUUAUAACCUUACAUUAUGUAUGUACAUAUUGUUGAAAAUACGCGUUCACAAUAAAGGAAUAAGUGCAAUGUAAAGAAUAUAUUUGAUUUAUUAUUUGUUAGGAUUAGUUGGAAACAUUGAGCGGCAGAUGUUCUGCUUCCCUUGUGCUCGACAACUUCGAUAGAUCCGUUACAAGGUUUAAUUAUUUAUUUAAAACAUUUUUUUCUAUUAACCGUCUUCAUUGUGAUGACUAGGUGUGAAAAAAUGUACAGUUUUGUAACAAAUUGUCUCACGUUUUGGCAAAGUUGUGAACAUGAAUAUCAACAAAUACAGUCCAUCGCGACUAACAUGGUGUUUCGGUGAUUUUAGUUUUUUCUGGUUCUCAGCAUUGUUUGAAGGAACGGCGCUGUAGUGUCACGUCAUUAUAUUGUUUAGCACGUCACAGCUGCUCAGUGACCAUCUGGAGACGGUCGAAUGUGGGUUUCGAAGAUUACCGAUGCCGAGUUAGUCGCGACGGACUGCCGUGUAGUAGAGUAGCAAAUUGGAAUAACUAUCGUGAAAAAACAAAUUAAUGAGAUAAAAGCACUAGUGAAUACUAAAAUAUAUUCUGAUAUAUAGACAAUUGUAAUGUAACAAUAUAUAUACAUGCUUUAAUAAUCCUUUGCACUAUACCUAGGGAUUCUAUGACUUGUAAUGUAGUUAAUAUUAAAGGGUUUGUGCACACGGUGCGAGCUGGUGUGCGAGCUGGCGUGCGAGCCGCUGUCACUCGUCUCGCUCCAUCCGACAAUCGAAUGUCACUCGGUUAGCGAAAAAAUUUCAUAACUGUAAUCUGUGUGUUUGGGUAAUGGCCAACUACCUGGCAGAGAGGUCACAGAGACUGGUCGUGGUUGAAGCGAGUGGAGUACGGCUAGCGACGGCAGCUGCACACGCCUCGGGGUUAGGGAUUCAACAUUCAGGAGAAGAUGUUCCGCGUGAUAUUAAGCGAGGUGUAAAGACAGUGCUACUCGGAGUUCAUGUGAUUUAGGAUACAGACGUGCGAUAUCUUCAACCGGCUAUCACUCGGUGUGCACUGCGCAUGUGCACCGUACAUGUAUAGAGAUAUAUACGAUAUAUGGAUGAUAAUGUAACUAAUAUUAACUCGUAGUGUAUUGAAACAGUAACAGUCGCGCCGACACUCCCCGACGGAGCCGCGCCGCGGGAGGGAUGCGACGCGUUAUGUGUAAAGACCAUUAAGCUAUGCACGUAGUUUAUAUAGCAUUUAAAUGUUAAUAAUAUAUAAUAAAUUGUGAAUUUAUGUUUAGUGAGAGGCUUUUUUGUGAACAAAGUGUGAUUGCUUGCGAGGCCCCGUCUGUGAAUCACUGAUCACUGCAGCGAGGCGCCUGCACUCGCCACUACCUUCAUACUGACGGUCGAAACAUAUAGCCGUGCAAGGAGUGUGAGCCAACACUUUUAUGAAUAUAUUUGGUUUGACAUAUUACUGAUUACUAUGGUCUUGGACUCAGUUCAUGAACCACCGAUAUUACUGGCCAAAUUAUUUUCAUUGUAGAUAUAAUCUAUUAUUAUUUUACCCCGUCUGCAAGUAGCCGUCUCACGGGCGGCGAGUACAAGCGCCUCCACAGAAUACACAGAAAUGUCUGCACACAACAGAACAAUAUCAUAGUAUUAAGUUACAUGUUUAAUUGUAAUCGCUUCUGCUACCUGUUAUACGACGUAAGGACAGUUAUUUCGUAUUUAAUAUCCAUAGAGUAAUUGGCGAUGUUAUAAAUAAAAAUGACGCUUAUAAACACCAUAUAAUACUCGAAUGUUUGUGAACAAGGCGCUCGUCGGCGGACGGAAGCCACCUCGCCAGCGCGCGGCGUGCGGCGGCGGCGCUCCACCGCUCCACCGCUCCACCGCUCCGCAUAUACUUUUAAAAUCGAUUGACGCGUGUAAUUUCAAUCUGAAUGUCGAUUCUCUCCGCACGCCAAGUUCUAUUUGCCUCGUAUUAUAUAAAGUGAUUGCAUUUCACUGUAAAAGUGGUGUAAAAGUAUUUAUUAUAAUGUUAUAAGAAAUUCAUAUUUAUUCGUAAUAGUACACAAGGAGUCACCUAUGAACGAAUGAGCGGGGGCUUGUGAGAAAUGUCCGAACCUAAUUUAGUGUUUAGUUUAUCGUUCCGUAACGCUUGCAAUGUGUUCCGACUUCCAACUUUAAUAUUAUAAGAAUAAGAACCUCAUUCGCGUGGAAGACAGCUUUAUAACACAAAUGGGGUGUUCAUUUGUUUUUAUAAGUUUGUGAUUUGAAAUUAUCGAGUACUUUACGUUGUACAUACGAGAAGUAUGCGCUCUCGGCGGUGUAAUGUUAAUUCAUAUAAACUCGUACUAUGUUUGAAUGUAUGCUAUAUGGAGGCAUUUUAAAUGCUGGUUAGUUAGCUCGUGUUUAAAGAAAUGUAUUUAGUUAAGUACACAUGUAUAGAUAAGUUUUGUUAUGUACGUAGGCUGCGGCGGACACGGACGGAGCGCGGAGGUUGUAACAUGACGGCAACAAAUUUUAACAAAUAAACGUAUUUUAUCUCCUCUGA